AUGAACUUUAUCGGACGCGUCGACCCCGUCGUCUCGCCCGGGCGCGUGAGCGACCACGUCCACACCGUCUUUGGUGCCAGCAACUUCCGCGAGGUGCUCAACACGCCCGCCGAGCAGGCCCGCGCCGAGUGCACGAGCGCGACUGUCUCCGCCGACAUGUCACACUACUGGGCGCCAACGCUCUACUACAUCCACGACAACGGCUCGUUCUCGGCGCUCGAGGGCACGCCGCGCGCAUACUACCACAUCACGUCGAACAACGUCAAGCCGUUCCCGCGCGGCCUGCGCAUGGUGAGCGGCACGGCGAUGACGCGGGACCUGACGGCGCACCGUUCGCUCGGCGUGCGCCUCGGAUGCUGGGGCAAUCGGCAGAAGAUCCUGCCGAACGCUGGCGCCGGCUGGACGUGGAGCACCUGUGGCAACGGCAAGGUCGAGCUAAGCGUGACCUUCCCGUCGUGCGGGCGCGCCGACCGCGCGCUCGACUCGCCCAACCACUUCGACCACAUGGCGUGGCCCGUCGACAGCUUGCGCCGCAACGUCAUCAACACGCUGCAGGGCGAUUCGUGCCCGCCCUCGCACCCGAUUCAGUACCCCAUCCUCGACCUCGUGUACUCGUACUCGUUUGAUGCGGCGCGCCCGUGGCGCGCCGGACGCGACAACGUCGUGCUCAGCAACGGCGACUUGCACGGCGGCUCGUACCACGCCGACUUUGUCAGCGGGUGGGACGAGACGGUGCUCGCGGCCGCGAUCAAAGACUGCCCCGCCAAAGGCCCGCACCUCGACCAGUGCUCGCUCCGCAACCACUUCAUCCCGGACCGCAAGUCAUACGACCCCCGCCGCUGGCCGACGGGCACGGGCGGGCAGUGCGCGCACGCCGGCCAAAUCCCCGCCGAGGAGGUCGGCCUCGCCUUCCCCAUCACCAGCUUGCCCGGCUGCAACCCGCUGUGGCGCCCGGGAGUCGCCACCAAGCCGACGUGCGGCUCGCAGCCGACAAUCGGCUUCGUCUCCCCCAACGCGUGGAAGGGCGGGAGCACCGCCAACGUCCCCCUCUACAUGCCCACGAACGUCGGGCUGUUCAACAACGUCCGCGACCCCAUCAACAACUGGCGCGCAAAGUUCAACCGCUGGGGCACGAUGGGCGUCAACUACAAGAACGUCAUGAUGCCCCCGCACACGCCGCCGGCCAACCCGUACGACUCGUUCAUCUGGCUCCCGGCAGACACGAACGUGCAGCGCGCGAGCACGGUCAAGAACAUGCAGGACAAGACCGCCUGGCGCGGCAUGUUCCCUGGCCAGUAG